CACGUUGAUAGAUAUUAUUGACUGACGGCGGAGUAUUAUUUCUUUUUGAUUUCGUUGUUUGCUAUGAAAUAAUAAAAAGUGCUAACUGAAGCAAGUUUCUUAGUUGCGUUGUGUCCAUCCUAAUACGAGUGAAAGGGCGUUUAAGGAAUAAUCAUAGUCGGUGGUGUGAAAUUAGAAAAGCGCCGCGAAAAUGUCUCGUCACCCUGGACCAGGACCGAUUCCUGAUCGGUGGCUAUAUUGUCCGAGGAAUGCUAAUUCAUUUGUUGCUGAGAAAUUUUUAGCGUUUAAGACCCCGUUGAGUGACCGAUUCACAAGCCAGAUGCCAAUGGAAUGCCAGUUUCUACCGGAAAUGGUUUUCAGUUAUGCCAAGAUGUUCAAGGCUAAAAUUGGUUUAUGGAUCGAUUUGACAAACACCAAGCGGUUCUAUGACCGUCGCGAAGUUGAAGAACACGGCAGUCAGUACAUGAAAUUGCAAUGUCGUGGCCACGGUGAAGCUCCGUCCCAUGAUCAGACUCAAAGCUUUAUAGAAUUGGUCGACCAAUUCAUAACAGACAAUCCGCUGGAUAUGGUCGGUGUUCAUUGCACACAUGGUUUCAAUCGUACAGGUUUUUUAAUUGUAUCGUACAUGGUCGAGCGAAUGGAUUGUUCUGUUGAGGCUGCCGUUCUAGCAUUCGCACAGGCCCGUCCACCAGGAAUUUACAAGGAAGAUUAUAUCAAAGAGUUGUUUCGACGAUACGACGACGUCGAGGAUGCACUUUCAGCUCCAGAAAAACCCACCUGGUGCAAUAAAGACGACAGCUAUGAACCGGACAAUCAUGCCACGGUAUCGAGAAAACGCAAAGCAGAGUCCACUACAAGUAAGCAGGAAGAUAAUGGCGAUGAACUUGAAGAUGAUGAUCAGACUGAAGAAAAUGGUGAACCAAGUGGUUCAACGAAUGAACCGACUCAAAAGAAGAAAAAGCGGAAGGAAUUCUUAAAUUUGAAUGCAACAUUUAUGGCUGGUGUACCCGGCGUCACAUUGCUUACAGAACAGCCACGUCUCGGUCAACUUCAAUCGACAGUUCAGACCAUGUGCGCAUGGGGGAGCAGUGGUUUCCCAGGAAGUCAACCGGUUUCGAUGGAUCAAAAGAAUAUCAACUUAUUGCACAUGGAACCGUAUCGAGUUUCGUGGAAGGCGGAUGGUACUAGGUACAUGAUGCUUGUAUUAGAGGAAAAUGAAGUGUACUUUUUCGAUCGCGAUAACUCUUGCUUUCAAGUCGAGGGCUUACGUUUCCCCCACCACAGUGACUUCAAACGACAUCUUACAAACACACUACUCGAUGGCGAAAUGGUGAUAGAUAAAGUAAACGGUCUGAGCAUACCAAGGUAUUUAGUCUACGAUGUUGUGAAAUAUGAAGGCAGAGAUAUUGGCCAAGAACCAUUUUAUCCAAAUCGAUUGGACUGUAUACAAAAGCAAAUAACAGAUCCGCGGAAUAAUGCAAUGCGUCAUGGAUGGAUUAUCAAAGAUCGUGAACCAUUUAGCGUGCGACCGAAAUGCUUUUGGGAUGUAACUCAAGCGGGAGCAUUAUUAGCGCCAAAAUUUGCAAAUAGUUUAGCGCAUGAGCCGGAUGGAUUAAUAUUUCAACCGUCGCUUGAUCCAUACAAAUCCGGAGCGUGUUCUAAGGUUUUAAAAUGGAAGCCAUUGCACAUGAACUCAGUGGAUUUUAAGUUAAAAAUCACGCAACAAGGUGGAAUGGGAAUGUUAACUGAAAAGAUGGGCUAUCUCUAUGUCGGCCAACACGAACAACCCUUUGCUUCCAUUAAAUACACAAAAUAUCUGAAAGAACUCGAUGGCAAAAUCAUCGAAUGUAAAUUUGAAAAUAAUUCAUGGGUCUUCAUGCGAGAACGUACCGAUAAAUCUUUUCCGAAUAGUUAUAAUACAGCUAUGGCUGUCUGCAAGAGUAUUCAAUAUCCAGUAACAACUGAAUAUUUAUUGCAUUUCAUUAAGAAACGUCGUUUUGGCGGUGGCGACGACGGUGAAAUUAUGCCACCACCUAGACCGAGAACGAGCCGAUAAUAUUUUCUUCAAAAUAUUUUACGUUGUUGACCACACUACGACAAAAAUAACUGAAUUAGAUUGAAUAAGGAAACGUUAGGUUAAUAUCGAUGUUAAAUUCGAUAAGUUUAUGACAGCCGAGCCAACCUACCAAAUCGGCUGGAGUAUCGCAAAAUUGGAAUAACUUUUCUGUACUUUUCAAAGAAGUUGAGAUUAAAAAGUUUAUUGAAGAGAG